CCAAGGCUACGCCUCGAACCUCGGGUUUUGCGAUCGCGACGAGCAAGACGAGCAAACAACGCAAUAGCGAUCAACAGACCAUUACCCAGAACCCAAGCUCGUAUCGAUUGAGACCAUCUCGUUUCAUAUUGAUUUGCGUGGCUAGAGACGAAUCCUUGCCCCUUUCCCAUCUUGGCCCAGUCAACAACCGGCCGCCCCUCCCCGUUUUCGUUCACCUAGUCGUCAGUUCGGAGCCAAUGCAGUACCGAAAGCAGGCAAUCGCCCCAGACUUCACCUCAGUAUCGGCAUCAUGUCAGCCCUGGAAUCGUCAGAUAUCGCGGCUGUCCCCGACCCGCCUGCCAAGCGCCGCAAGCUCCUCGACGACAGCGCCGAUUCGACGCCCCGCUACGACACACCAGAGGAGCCAGACAAAAAGCAACAUCUGCGGGUAUCCAUCCGCGAGAAGCCCCUAGAAAGCCGCUCCGCCAGCGUGAGUCGUAGUCCCGAUCGCCGCAAGACCGAUUACUCCUCCACCGACCACUCGUCGUUGCGCAGUCGGAGUCGGUCUCGGACGAGUUCAAGGUCACGUUUAGACUCGAGGUCCCGGUCAAGAUCUCGAUCACAUUCGCGGUCUUCCUCCCGCUCCCGUUCUCCCAGGUCCGCUGAGCCAGCAUCUUUUCACACACCCCACCAGCAUGAGCCCUCUCUGCCCCCACCAAGGGAGCCGACACGGCCCGACUAUCAGACGCGACUUGUGAUGGGUGGCCACCAGAAAGCAAUCGCUCAAGUGCGCAUAUCUCCCGACGGAAGGUGGAUAGCCUCGGCAUCUGCAGACGGUACCAUAAAGCUUUGGGAGGCAUCAACAGGACGGAAUUUGGAGACAUUAGUUGGGCACAUGGCCGGUGUGUCGGCUGUCGCAUGGUCGCCGGACUCAACGACUCUGGCGUCUGGCUCCGAUGAUAAGGCGAUCCGACUUUGGAAUCGGGUGACUGGGAAACCAGCUACAAAAAAACCAUUAUGGGGGCAUCACAAUUACGUCUACUCUCUUGCCUUCUCCCCGAAAGGCAACAUAUUGGCAAGCGGAAGCUACGAUGAGGCUGUAUUCCUCUGGGAUGUAAGAGCGGGGAGACUGAUGAGGAGUCUGCCGGCGCAUAGUGAUCCCGUCAGCGGCAUCGACUUCUCAAGCGACGGGACCUUGGUGGUCAGUUCUAGCACUGAUGGUUUGACGCGCAUAUGGGACACUUCAACCGGCCAAUGUCUCCGCACCAUGGUCCACGAAGACAACCCCGCCGUGACCUCCGUCUGCUUCGCGCCCAAUGGCCGCUACAUCCUCACCUUCAGCAUGGACUCCUGCCUCCGCCUGUGGGACUACGUCUCGGGAAGUGUCAAGAAGACAUACCAAGGACACGAAAAUUCCGCCUUCAGCAUAGGCGGCUGCUUUGUUGUCGUCGACGGCGAGGCUUUCGUCGCCGCUGCCAGCGAAAACGGCGAUAUCGUGCUUUGGGAUGUCAAGAGCAAGGAGAUUGUGCAGCGUAUCAAGAAGGCGCAUGAUGGCGUCUGUUUCUGGGUCGAUGCCAAGGGGGACACUAUGGUGAGCUGCGGGAAGGACGGGAAGAUCAAGCUGUACAAACAUCGUGGGCCCAAGACGGAGGAGCUGCCAGUUACGGGGAUCGCGCCGGAAGUCGCCGCAUCGGAGGACGAGGGUGUGAUGCCUGUGGUGGAGCCGGCUACAUCUCCAGUUGAGAUAAAAAAAGAAGAAUGAGAGAGUCUGGGGCGACCUGGCAUUUUGUUGAGAUGAGCAGAUACAAAACAGAAGCUGCAUUUCUCUCAGUUUUUGCAACGUGACAUUGGC